AUGACCAUGAACAAAGUAGAGGGAAGACCGAACUGCCAUUUUGUGAAGGCCGGAGGAGCCGUUCCUGGGGCACCACGCAUCACGCCCAUCACUUGCAACAUGUCUCUGCUGCAACCUCUUGACCUGGGGAUUGAUACCAGCGCCUUAGUGGUGAAGUGCCAGGAGAAGAACGAUCUCCAGAGCCUCAACAGCAAGUUAGCCUCUUUCAUUGAGAAGGUCCAGUUGUUGGAACAAUGCAACCUGAAGCUGAAGACUCAGUGGGAUUUUCUGCAAGAAAAGAAAUGUCACAAAAGUGACAUGGAGCCCCUCUUUAAGGAACAUGUCAAGAGCCUGGAAAAGGAGCUGGAGUGUGCUGAGCAUAAGAGAGAUGAGCUGCAGACUGAGUGCCAGGCUUUGGAGGAAGCCCUGGAGGACCAUAAGAGGAGGUUUGAAGAGGAACACAAUAGGCGAACAUCUGCUGAGAAUGAAUGUUUAUUACUUAAAAGGGAUUUUGUCUGUGCCUCUACGCGCGCUGCAGACUUGGAAACCAAAAUAGCAAAUAAUGUCAAACGCCUCAGCUUCUUAAAACGUAUCUACAAACAGGAAAUUUCUGAGCUGCAGAACCGCAUUUCUGACACUUCCAUCAGAGUGCAAGUGGACAACAGGCGAAAAUUAGACAUGGGGUGGAUCAUUGAGGAGUUCCGGCGUCAGUUUGAAUGCACCGCUUCCCGGAGCCGAGCUGUAGCUGAAGCUCGGUUCCAGUGCCAGUAUCAGAAGCUCCAGACCAAAGCAGCAGAACAGAAUGAUAAUCUGCAGAAUAUCAAGGGAGAACUUCAGGUUUUGACCCGUGCUGCUCAUCAUCUGCAGUCAGAAACUGAAAGCAUCAAAGCUCAGUGUCAUAGACUGCAAGAGGAGAUAGCUGCUGCCAAAGAGCAUGGAGAGAUGGCGGUGAAGGAUGCUAAAUCUAAACUGGGUGAUCUGGAAGAGGCCCUGCGCAAGGCCAAGCAAGACCUGGCUUGCCAGCUACGGGAAUAUCAGGAGCUGAUGAAUGUUAGGCUGGCUCUGGAUGUUGAGAUUGCAACUUACAGGAAACUUUUGGAAGGAGAAGAAUAUUGGUUGAAGAAAGAGGAGCGUGCUGUGAAUAUCGCUGUCCAGCAAUGCAAGGGUGCAGUAGUUCGUAAUGAUAAACUCCAUCAUGGACAAGGACACACUUCCCCAUGUGGAAGCAACUGCAGAAGCCAAGGAGGUUGUGACAGCACGAGAGCCACCUAUGGUGGCAGCAAAACCACAAGAACCAUCCAGACAUGCGGUGCCAAUGACUGCAGUUCUUUUUGUUCCUGCACGCAGGCCUGUCAUCCCGAUUUCAGUGCUGGGAGUGUUAAGAACGCCACCCUGCAGACUGUGUCCACUGCUUACUCACGUGGACGUUCAUGUUGA